GAAAAGGACAAGAGUGAAGACUUGCGGUACGCGUUGAACAUGAUGUUCAGAUGGUAUCGCAGUGCGGCGGUAUGCUACACGUACUUGAACGAUGUGACCUUUGAGAGUGCGAGCGACAAGAUGUUUACGAGCGAUCGACCCGAUAGAAGAGGACGUCCCAGUGAGUGGUUCGAGAGGGGAUGGACACUGCAAGAACUGUUGGCGCCACAGAACAUGCAGUUUUAUGAUAAGCGAUGGAAGUUCAUGGGGACGAGGAAUGAGCUCGCGAUGGUUGUCGGAAAAGUGGCGGGGAUCAGUCCCGAGUAUCUCAACGGACGGCAGAACUUGAACGAGGCGAGUUGCGCGACGAAAAUGAGUUGGAUGGCUGGGCGUGUCACGCAGAGGGUAGAGGAUAUUGCGUACAGUCUCAUUGGGCUAUUCGAUGUUUACCUUGAGCCGACAUAUGGCGAAGGUAUAAAGGCCUUUGUCAGGCUUCAAGAGGCUAUCAUUGAAGAGUUUGGUCGUUUCGACGAAUCUCUGUUUGCUUGGGAACGGCCAAAAGACUCGAUACUGAGAUGCUAUCGGAACCAGCCUCACGCUCACCACUUCGAACACAAUAAGUGGGGCCUCCUAGCGCCUUCGCCAGACUGCUUCAAGAGCUCAUACGACGUCUUCAUCCAGAAAAAUCUAGUCACGAUGAGACCUGAAGGUGGCUUUAGAAAGUCUCAUCAAGGCCUUUUUUUUUCCGUGCCGUCCAAAGAUGUGUACCAUAGGCUCGGUGGUUCGCGCAACGAAAUCAGUCUGCCGUUGAAUUGCUGGAGGAUCGGUAGUAGUGGUUUCCCCGAAACAAUCGUCCUCAAGUUGGCUAGGAUUGCGGGUGGCGAGAUCUUUCGGACCCAGUGUGGCCAUCUUGGCUCACAGAAAGGUGUUAAGAUGAGCAGCAAGAGAGGUGUUGUCAUUGCGGUUGCUCAGCCGCGUCUUGGCCAAGUUCGAUUAUGAAG